AUGCCAGCUGACCCUGGGCCCGAGGUGGGCAGUGGAUGGCCGGGCCUCCUCAUGUCCUGCCUGAAAGGCCCCCAUGUCAUCCUCAAAAUGGAGGCCAUGAAGAUUGUCCACCCUGAAAAGUUCCCUGAGCUCCCGGCGGCCACCCCCUGCUUCCCACCUGCACCCAGGCCCACUCCCACUCUGGCACCCAAGCGUGCUUGGCCCUCAGACACAGAGAUCAUUGUCAACCAGGCAUGUGGGGGGGACAUGCCUACCUUGGAAGGAGCACCCCACACUCCACCCUUGCCAAGGCGGCCCCGCAAGGGCAGUUCUGAAUUGGGCUUCCCCCGGGUGGCACCAGUGGAUGAGGUCAUUGUAAAUCAAUAUGUGAUUCGACCUGGCCCAACAGCCUCUGCACCUUCAUCAUCUGGGCCAGUGAUAGCAGGUGAGCCCCUGGAAUGCCCCACCUGUGGGCACACAUACAACGUCACUCAGCGGCGGCCCCGUGUGCUGUCUUGCCUGCACUCUGUGUGUGAGCAGUGCCUGCAGAUUCUUUACGAGUCUUGUCCUAAGUACAAGUUUAUCUCAUGUCCCACCUGCCACCGUGAGACUGUGCUCUUCACUGACUAUGGCUUGGCUGCACUGGCUGUCAACACAUCCAUCCUGAGCCGCUUGCCACCUGAAGCCCUGACUGCCCCAUCGGGUGGCCAGUGGGGGGGUGAAUCUGAAGGCAGUUGCUACCAGACCUUCCGGCAGUACUGUGGGGCUGCAUGCACCUGCCAUGUGCGGAACCCACUAUCAGCCUGUUCCAUCAUGUAGUGUCCAGCUGCCCACUACUGCCUGCCGGCCCUUGCUCGCCGCUUCUUCAGGGAACUGGCCCUGUCCUGUUGCCCGCUCACCCUUUCUCGCCCACUGUGGCUUCUGGCCCUACCCCGCGUGGCAUUGUCGCUGCAGCCAACUUUGCCAUUAAAACUCUUUGCCAAAGUU